GCAUCUGAGUUUGGAGCAGAGUUGCUUCUUAUUCUUCUAAAAUAUCCGAAAUCAGUCGAAUUUCUGCAAAAUCCAUUCGAAAUCAUGGAGAUCUCCGCCAUUGCAGACCCUGUUACAGUAAUCGCAACGCAAGGUCUAGGGGUUGCCAAAUUUCAUUUGCGUCGCUCUGCACUAUGCAACAUUUCCUCUUAUGAUGCUUCCUCCCUCGCUGGUAUUCUGUCAAUCUCUGCUAGAUUUUCUCCUGUGGAUGUCAUGGCUCCGCCGACAGUCAGAUCGAAUUCUUACAGAGCCGCUCCCCGGACACUCACUAGGCAAAAGAGACGUACGAGGAGGAGAUCUCUGACGGGGGAUUUUGACAUCGGCGAGAAGGAUGGGUUCUUCGGUGACGGCGGUGAUGGUCCGUUUGGCGGAGGCAGUGGCGGCGGCAAUGGUGGUAGAGGGUUGGAUUUCGACAGAUUCGGAGGAUCCGAUUGGGAGGAGUCAUCAUCGUCAUCAUCUUCUGAUCCUGCGUUCGAUUUCGUAUACGAGGUACUUUGUUGGUUCGUUCUUUCUAAUUGCAUGCAUUUUGCCUUCAAGAGGAUGGUUCGGACUCUGGCGGGUGGCAUUGGAGAUCCUUCUAGGGAGAAGGUCUCGAUGAGACUAGUUUCGGUCUGCUGAAGCGGUCAAGGUUUCGCUUCGCAUAUUGUUAAUUAGGUAUCGAGGAUAAUGGAAAUUCUUGAAUCGAUGUAUAUAUGUAUAUAUGUUUUAAAUACUGUAGUUUCAAUUGUUUCCCUGCAUAUAUCUUCCUGUAAAUA